CAUCCCGUUUACGCCUCCUACGCCCCGUGGUCCCUCUCCCAAAAGCCCGCCAGCGCACAGCCAUGCCCGGACCAAGUUUAUUCGCCGGCCUCAUAUCGCUCGUCGCUAUCGCGAGAAGGGCGGAAUUGUGGCCGAAUCCUGAACCCUGUUUGGGUAAUUGUACUUUCAUACACGAUCCCAGUGUCGUGCGACGAUCAGAUGGAACAUGGUUCCGCAUUUCGACGAACGGCAACAUUGCUAUCGCGACCGCGCCUGAACUAAUUGGACCAUGGGAAUACCAAGGCGCAAUGCUUCCGGACGGUUCCAAGAUCGACGUUAUGGAAAAUCAGGAACUUUGGGCGCCAGACGUAUUUCAUGAGAAAGAUGAGUUCUACGCUUAUUACAGCGUCUCCAGAAUGGGAAGCCAGGAUUCAGACAUUGGAGUCGCAACGUCGAAAGAUGCAAUGCCUGGGACAUGGACAGAUCACGGGUCGAUAGGUCUCCCCAAAAGAGAUGAAACGCUCAAUUACAAUCGCAUCGACGCAAACUUCUUCAAGGAAUGCAAGGAUUGCGAGCCCAUCAUGAACUACGGCUCCGCGUGGAACGAUGUCUACCAGACCAACCUUAAGAAAGACUACUUGAGCUGGGGCGGUACCACACCGCAGCAAAAAGUCUACAACUCCACAUUCUCUGUCGGGCAGACGUUUGCGUCUAUCACCGAAGGCGCUUUCUUGUUUUGGUGGAAGGUGGGCGACAAGAAAUAUUACUACAUGUUCUUUUCGUCGGGCGCAUGCUGCAACUCCGCCGACCAACUCGCUGCGCCAGGCGAAGAGUAUAAGAUUAUGGUCUGUAGGUCUGAAACAGUAAAUGGGAGAUACGUAGAUGCUGAUGGUAAGGAUUGCCUCACGGAAAAUGGAGGAACGUUGGUGUUGGGUAGUCAUGGCGACGUGUACGCCCCGGGCGGACAAGGCGUCAUUGUAAAUCCGGAUAACAACAAAAUUGCUCUGUAUUACCACUAUGUAAACACGACGAUUGGAUACAACUACGAGGACUUCUUGUUCGGAUUCAACUACAUAGACUUGUCGUCUGGGUGGCCGGUCGUCACUGCAGCAUAA